AUGCACAUAACAACCACCUCCCUCCUCACCCUCCUCUUUUCCCUCUCCAUCCCCCUUUCCAUCACCGCAAUCCCAACUCCCGCUCCCGCUCCUGCUUCAAAAACCACAAAGGAAGAUCUGAGUUAUCUAGCGGAACUAUUCGCUUCCGAUAGCUUAGCUAGAAGUUUCAAAUUACGAGCCGAUAGUCAAUUUCCCCUCGCAGACCCCUCUGCGAAUAAAAAAGUCUGCGGACGCGCAUACGCGCGCAAGGAAACGGAAACGGCGUUUUUUGGGAAACAGUGCUGUUGUAUGUUUUUGCAUACGAAGGAUGGGGCGGGCGGGCAGAGGAAGGCAGAGAGGAUUCAUGGGGGUGCGUUGGUGGGGGGAUUGUUGGAGCAUAGGGAGGGGGGAUUGGGGGUCAGGUUGGGGCUGAGGGGAGGAGAGACGAGGUUUUGGGGGGAGGGAGGGGGGGCCGAGGAUGCGAUGAUUACUUGUGGGUUGGAUGAGGGGACGGGGGUUUGUGAGGAGGGGUAG